GAAUACAACCUGAUUCAGCAAAAAUUGAAAAGAUCGUCAACCCCAACGCUCUGUUCAAUGUUAAACAAUUACGUACAGAUGUACCUUAUAAUUGGACGAAACAGCAUCAAGAGAUCUUUGAAAUGCUUAAGGAGCAAUUAACGACUGCACCAAUCUUGUCUUAUCCUGAUUUCAACCAAUCUUUUAUUUUGAGUACUGAUGCAAGUACUACAGGACUGGGUGCAGUACUUUCACAAAAGAACAAUGAAGGAAGAGAACAUCCUAUCUGGUAUGCAAGCAGAACAUUGAGCCCAGCAGAAAAGAAUUAUCAUAUCACUGAACAAGAGGCUUUAGCAGUAGUAUGGGCA